ACAGGCCAGAUCAUCCUUUCAGUCCCCUCCUGUUCACGAAAUCGCGUUUCCGCGCGAUUUACGUGGAGGAUGGGGGCGUUGGAAUUUCGAAACGAGUUUCUCGCCGGCGUCUAUAGAGCGUUUCACCUCAAAGCUCAAGGCUAAGGGACUGAUGUCGUGGUCUCUCUAUAACGCUGAAUUCUCAAUAGCAUCAGCUCCUGGAGGCAUUGAGAAUCAAAACCCUAAGUCAGCCAAGCUUUUGAGCUUUCAGAUUCCGCUGAUACAGCAAUGUCCACACAAAUCCAAGAAACGGCAUCCAACUACCUCAGAAAAUUGCUACACAGCUCCACUUUAGAAAGAGAAACAAGGUUCAUUAGAAGAAGGAAGGACAACUCGAAGUGGUGGAAGACGAUCUUGCCAGAAAUAACUAAUAAGACAUUCACUCUAAGACGGGCGGCCAUCCGGCCCGGACGAACGCGCUGAAACAGCGCCCAAUUUUUGUGGUCGAAGAGUGCGAAACAUCGGGGCCCUAUAAAAAGGGCCCCCAAACGGAAGGAUCCGCCCUUAGGCGGAGUAAGGGGCAGGCAUCAUGGAGCAGUUUGAGCAACUGCUAACGUGCGCAAUCUGCUUGGAUCGUUAUAGAAAUCCAAAGUUGCUGCCAUGUCAACACAGUUUUUGCAUGGAACCGUGCAUGGACGGCCUUGUCGAUUACGUUCGUCGACAGGUCAAAUGUCCAGAAUGUCGGGCCGAACAUCGCAUACCCUAUCAAGGUGUGCAGGCCUUCCCAACAAACGUCACCUUGCAACGUUUUUUAGAAUUACACAUAGAAAUUACUGGCGAAUUACCAGAUCCCACAAGUGGCCAAACCAUGGAACGUUGUGGCGUUUGUUCGGAAAAAAGUUAUUGUGCUCUUUGCGUCCAUUGCGAGAAAAAAUGCUGUCCAGAAUGCAAGGAUGCUCACAUGGAUAUUCUCAGGCGAGAAAUCACUCGCAUCAACUCACAGGUGCGUAGAGGGUUACACAGACUGCAGGAUGCUCUGGCCUUAGUUGAAAAGAACACCCUAGGUUUGCAAACAAAUUCUGCAUCAGUGGGCGAGGAAGUGGAUGAAAUUUAUAGAAGACUUAGCAAGGCUCUUAAAGAUCGAACUGAACAUCUACGUAACGAAAUUGAUCGAUAUUUAGGCACAGAACUCAGAGGCCUCAUCCAACUCAAAGAAAACCUCGAGCUUGAAAUUUCAAACAUCCAAAGCAACUGCGACCUCGCGGAAGCUCAUAUCAAUGAAAAUGUGCCCUGGGAUGAUGCAGAACUCCUCGACACCAAAGAACUCUUUUUAAGAACGGUGGAAUUCAUUAGAAACUUUGAAUAUGAAGCGGGCGACUAUGGUCGACGUGUUCGUUUCGUGAUGGCACACGACCCAAACCAGCUGGUGCUUCAUGUAGCUGGUUAUGGUGAAUUAAACAUCAAACCGGAAGCCGGCACCGCGGGUCUUUUAGGAAGCAGUUCCGGAACUCUUGCACCACCCGGUGGAUCUCCAGGGUUAAUGAGAAGCAAAAGCGAUCAUCGACUUGCUUCCCAGUAUCGCCAACCGGAUGACGAUCGGAUAUCCAGAAAUCGAUACGCCCCGGACUACGAGUACGAGGCACCGGAGUAUGAGGCACCGAGGAAUAAAUCGCGGUAUAGGAGUCGAUUUAUGAGGCAUAGAGAUGGUGAAGACUCAGAUGGCGAUACCAGGUCGACUGUAAGAUUCACGGGGACUCAAGAUUCAGCAAAUCCAAGAGAAAAAGUCCUCGACACGGAAGAUGCUGCGAGAGGUCCUCUCUCUGGGAUUUUUCGACUCACGGAUUCCCCUCGUGUAAUGAAGAAGCUUCAAGAGUGCGAAAGAGCAGGAAAGAAGAGAAAGGAAGAGCCCGUCCAGCCGCAACCUGCCCCACAACCAAAGCCCCAGGUCCAGGUGAGAAAAGCGCCCACGGCGAUGGCCAGGCAGCUUAGCGAAGACGACGAAAUCUCCAGAAUUAAAAAGCAGAACAAGAGCAUACCUGCCACACCGGAAACUGUUGAAGAACGCCCACCCUUGUCUGUGCCCAUUCAUCCGUCCGUCAGAGAUACGCAGGAAAGAGAACCGGAAGACCUUCCUCGAAGAACGCCUGUCUCAAGGAGAACGUCCACAGAGGCCCAUACUCAUGGUGCAAGAAGCACAUCCUCGGAUUCCAGUACUGGUUCUGAAAGUUCGAGUGGAUCUGGUAUUCGCAACACUGGUGCACCAUUUACAGCUGAAGAGAUGAAACAAAAAUAUUUGACGAGAGCUCCACCGACAAAUACGACCACCUCCACUGUUUCUUCCGGAGUCGGUGUUCUUUCGAGUUCAGCCAAUAGAGACCCUCCAACUACAACUACUUCCUCUCCCAGACCUUUCCAGAGCCGUUUUUUAGGCGGAGGUAAUCGUGCCGCACCACCGCCUCCUCAAGUAGUCCCAGUGCCAGCAAGAGAGGAACCAAAAAAGAAGGAAGAGGAGGAUGACGAUGAUGAUGAGACGACUACUUCCUCUGAAGAAACGGAAUCUGAAACCGAUGAGGAAUCGGAGACUGAAACUCGGCCAUCGACGACAGUGCCACCAACAACUCAAGAACGGCAAAGAAGUGAAUCUGCAAUGGCUCGAACAGAUAUUGGUCCUCUUCUUGCUCGCAGUGCCGAAGCUCGUCGCGGUAGCAAAGAAGACUCACCUUCUAAUAGAUACUCGUCUCCGAGGGGAAGUCCAGCUCAGACAACUCCGACGACGACAUCGAUGACGACAUCACCAGGCAGUUAUACCAGCAGGUUUCUCAACAAGAGCAGGAGUCAGGCGGCGAUAGCAACACCCAGAGAACGAGAGCGAGAGCCAGUGGAAGUGGAGCCGGUGGAACCCUUGUCUCCGAGGUCGAGGUACGCGGCCUUGAAGGAAAGGAGACAAAGAUUGGCGAGGUCAAGGAGCUCCCACAACUUCGGUGGCGAGGACCUGGACAUCGACGAAGAUCCACCGUCGCCGACGACCCAGUCUCCGAACGCCUACCUGGCCGCCAAGUAUGGCGUCGGUUCGGAACUUGCAAGGAGUCGCAGCACCCACGCCCUAAAGUCCAGGGAACCGAGUCCGGAUCGAGAUCGAGGAGGCGCCGAAAAAGACGGCGCUGCCCUUAGCUCUUGGGCUCGUUAUCUUAAAAAUAAGUACGGAAAUAGGAGCACCAAGGAUAAGGAACCACCGACCACCUCUUCGAUCCCGUCUUCUAGGAAUAACGUAACUUACAUAAUAAACCAUCUGAAAGGGCACCAAGCAAGGAUUGUAAGGAGGAAUUCAAAUAUUAUUGCAAGCGCGACCUCUAGGAGGUUGUCGCUCGGUCUGCCUCUGCGACAACCAGGUCAAACUUCCUUCGAAUCUUCUGACGACGACCAAAAAAACCCGUCAGGCUCCCCCACGUCCCCUAUAGCAGCUCCCGCUAUCCCCGCGGCAGCAGGUUCCUCCACUAGAGGUCAGUACCUGCUGAAGCGAAGGCAGCUGUUUAAAUUUGGGAUGCGGGGGAGCGAAGCCGGAUGCUUUACUUGGCCAAGAGGCCUCGCUGUUGGACCCGAUAACUACAUCGUCGUGGCCGAUAGUUCCAAUCAUCGAGUUCAAGUCUUUGAUGGGAACGGGAACUUCAUGAAGGAGUUCGGAACGUACGGUAGUGGAGAAGGACAGUUUGACUGUCUCGCAGGAGUAGCGGUAAACAGGAUCGGGCAAUUUAUCAUCGCCGAUCGAUACAAUCAUCGUAUCCAGGUCUUGGAUCCCUCUGGCCGAUUUCUCAGGGCCUUUGGUUCUCAGGGAACGGCUGAUGGGAGAUUUAACUAUCCUUGGGGCAUUACUACAGACGCUCUUGGAUUUAUUUACGUGUGCGACAAAGAAAAUCAUCGCGUUCAAGUCUUCCAGUCGGAUGGAACUUUUGUCGGAAAAUUCGGUUCCUGCGGAAGCGGACGUGGUCAGCUAGAACACCCUCAUUAUAUCGCCGUAAGCAACACGAAUCGGGUUAUUGUUAGUGACAGCAAUAAUCAUCGGGUUCAAAUUUUCGAUGUCAAUGGGCGUGUCCUAACAGCAUUUGGAUCUGAGGGUUCUGAGGAAGGUCAAUUUAAGUUUCCUCGUGGUGUCGCUGUCGACGAUCAAGGCUACAUCAUCGUCGCCGACUCUGGAAAUAAUCGUAUUCAGAUUUUCACUCCGGAGGGCGUCUUUCUCAGGGCAUUUGGAAACUGGGGAAGUGCUGAUGGCGAAUUCAAAGGACUCGAAGGUGUCGCCGUCACUUCCGCUGGAAAUAUCGUUGUUUGUGACCGCGAGAACCAUCGGGUUCAAGUUUUUUAAUACAGUAAAAACUUUAUUCAACUGGGCUAGGAACGAAAUCACAUUUUUUCUUAAAGACUCUCAACUGAUCUUAUGUCGAAAAUAAAGUAAUAAUUUAAUUUAGGUCUAGAUAUUGUUUAAUUAGAUCUAAAAGUAUUUUUGAGUUAAACGGUUUUUUAAAUUAUGUAUUGGGCCUAUUAAGAAAAAAAUAUUUAGGACCUAAGAUUGAUAGAUACUCAGCCUGAUGUUGAUCUCGUGUGCCGAUAAAGGAUUUAUUGGCACUUCCUUUUUAUAAUAAAUAAUUGAAGUUUUCUUAGUUUCAGGGCCAUUUUACUCAUUUUUUGAAUCGAAAAUGAGUCGUUAUGUGAAAUAAGGAUUGUUGGCAUUACAAAUAAAAUUCUUUUUAUAUUAAUGCCAAUAAUUUUUUUCUCUAAUGAAAAUCCGGUUUACUACUUUUAAACGAUCUUCAGAUAGAAAAAAAAUUUAUUUAUAAGGUGUUUAUAUAAUUAGAUAAUUUAAGCAUAUUCAAAAAUCAAAAGAAAAAAACACAAGAUUUUUAGAAUUAACAAUUUUAGAAAAAUUUUCAACUGAAAUUUUACCGAACAAUUCACGCAAUCUAAGAUACAAAUAUAGUAAAUCGUUAAAAUAUAGUUGUACAUAAAAAUAAUUAUAAAACUAUUAAACAGAUAAAUGAUGAAGAUACGUCUGAUAUCAUAAACUUCGUGUGGCUAAUAAUUUAAAAUUAAUAAAUUACUCCAAUCAAAUCCACCAAACUUACGAAAACUAGUCAAUUAUCUUACAUUGAAACCACAGAAAAGUGAAUCUAAUAAGGGAUUCUUAAAACUAGAUUUUUUCAAUUUCUCAUCCGCCAAUAUUGUCCAAACUGAAUAUGAUUUUAAAUACCGCCAACUCCUGUACACGAUAUAUGCAAGUAACUUAAUUUAAUUUGUACUUAAUGUGUCAACACUCCGUUUGUACCGUUUGUAUUAUGCUUAAAAUAAAUUGUUGCAGAAAUAAU